GACCAUGUGACCGCAGACACUCUCCUACUCAGUCGAUCCUAUACUCCUGUGGAUAGAUCAAACACCUCAAAUACAGGUCGAAUUGCAUUCAAAACCAAGGAGCAAACCAACUAACUACCUGUACUCGGUACCACGCCACCUCAAUCAUGCCAGAGAUCGCCGAAGUUGCACGUACUGUGCACUUUAUCCGCAAACAUCUAGUCGGCAAGACCAUUGCAACGGCCGUGGCUGCUGAAGAUGCAAAUGUCUUCGGCAAGGUUGGAACGUCAGCAACCGAAUUCCAGAAGCAUAUGACGGGCAAAAAGGUCGUCGAUGCGGGUCAACAGGGUAAAUACUUUUGGAUGAUCAUGUCUAGUCCACCCCAUCCCGUCAUGCAUUUUGGCAUGAGUGGUUGGCUGAAAUUCAAAUCGGAGCAUACCUACUAUUAUCGACCGAAGCCCGGCGAAGAGGACGAGGCCUGGCCUCCAAAGUUCAUGAAAUUCACUCUCACUACAAAACCGGAGAAAGGCCAAGACACAAUUGAUGCAGCGUUUGUCGAUAUGAGACGAUUCGCCCGGGUUCGUCUGGUGGAUUGUCCUGGUGACAAGAUCAGAGAAUAUACUCCUCUCAAGGAGAAUGGUCCAGACCCAGUCGUGGAUAAGGAGGUGGUAACCGUGAGCUGGUUGACGGAGAAAUGCCGUUCGAAGAAAGUCCCCAUCAAAGCCAUGUUGCUCGAUCAAGCAAACAUCAGUGGCAUUGGAAAUUGGGUUGGCGACGAGAUCAUGUAUCAUGCCAAAAUGCAUCCGGAGCAAUAUGCCAAUACUCUCUCCGACGAGCAGAUCAAACAACUCCACCAGUCAAUACAUCACAUAUGCAGUACUGCAGUUGAUCUCCUGGCAGACUCGGAUCAGUUUCCAGAUGACUGGCUCUUCAAACAUAGAUGGGGUAAAGGCAAGAAAGGAGCUUCAAACACCAUGCCUAGUGGAGAGAAGAUUUUGUUUCUCACCGUCGGUGGCCGUACCAGUGCCGUUGUCCCUUCGAUUCAGAAGAAGACUGGUCCAGUUACCAAGGAGAUGAGUGAAGCUGUCGGGGACGAUGAGAAGCCCAAGAAGGCCAAAGCGAAGAAAAGAAAGGCCGAUAGCGAGGACGAGGAGCAGGACGAGGAAAUCAUCAAGCCUGAGAAGACAAUUGCUCGAACGAACAAGUCCACCACCAAAAAGACUUCUGAACAAGCGGCCCAGACUACGAAGCCAACAAAGAAAUCAAAUCAGCAGCAGAGAACUAAAGUCAAGGAAGAGGAAGAUCUCCCGAAACUGAACGGGGCAUCAGCAUCCGGAAAGCUUGUCACUGCCAGUGGCCAGAAGGGACGAAAGCUCGAGGAUAAGGUGGAGAAAACAAAGACGACGAAGCGUCAAAAGAUGACCAAUGGUGGCCCCGAGAAAGCCCCAGCCAUCAAAGAUGAAGCGGCAGAAGGGAGUGGCAGGAGAAGAUCGGGGCGCCUUAGCAAGGCCUGACGAGAAAAGGGGGAAGACGUAGGAAGAGCAAGCAUUGGACUACACUGUGAUAACUAUGGAUUUUUUGGAGGUACUCUGUACUAAUAACACAAAUGGAGUAUGGUAGGUCAAACAUGACCACCAUCAUCUGGAAACAUGAAUAAACAAACUGGUCAAGAA